GAUACGUCCCCCUUCCUCAAAUGGGUCCCUACAGCCUGAUGAGUCCUGCCCACCGUCCCGUUUACUCCGCCUCCUGCUUCAUGCUCUCGGACUAUGCUCAUCGCUUGGUUUGAGCACUUGGGUCCAUUGCUCACCGACUUGGUUGUCUGGUAGCGGGCUCACGGAUCGUGUUCAGCGACGCGGCACACAAACUUGCGCGUCGUGUUGCGACCCACCACCUUCUGCUUCGUGGGUUUCUAUUUACAGGGGGGCUCAUUAACGCCAUCCUGCAGGCAUCCUGUACUCGCACUGCCAGCCAGCCAGCCAGCCGUCGGAAGGAAUGGGAGAGCUGACCUCUAGGGGGACUUAUAUAGACUUAUGAUGCACCUGCACACGUAGGACGACACCCACUGGAGAAUGUGGGUGCUUCAGCGGGAUUCCUUGGAGUUUUGUUAUUUGGAAACUGAUCCUCUGUAAAGACUGGCCUUUCACGCCCAGGUGGGUGAUUUGUUGGUGGUUUCAGGAAUGGUGAUGUGGGUUGCACACUUGCAUGUCUAGGUAGUUGGGAAGGAGCCCUUGCGUUAGUGAUACUCUUUCGGUUCUGGCUAUUGUUCUCGAGCUGGAUCACUUAGUUCGUCGCCGGUCCCAUUUCAGCGUUCGUUGUAUGCAUUGAAGAGUAAGGGGUUUGCGAGGAACGGAGUUGGGAAAAGAAUGUAAAGCGUGGAGGGUGGUAGCCCAGAGUUUCUUGGACAUCAGCUCGUUUGCACGCUUGUCUCGAGGCGUUUGUGGGCUCUGUAUCUCCAGGGCUUUUCUUCUUCGUAUUCAAAGAUUGAGGGUUUUGCUUCGAAGCCGUCAAGACACCCAGAAUUUCGUAGCUCUUCACUGUAUUUGUUCACGACGGUUUUAUCCACGACUUGUACUCGCAGUAGCGAAAUUGUACUUGCAGUUUUCGGUUGCACUCACCCAGCAUUUGCGGAUUUCUUCUUAGGAGGUGAUCCUAUAGUUCCUGCGAAAGUCCUUUGCUCCUGACGCGGAACACAAUUAAUGCGCAGGUUGGAAUAAUCGCGGUUUACCGUUUGGUUUGGAUCCUUGCUGCCGUAACCUCCCCAGUUACGCGAAGCGACUGUCACAUAUUUGACCUUAUUAAUGUCGACGAGCUUCUCAUGGAAACUCUUCCCAAACAUUGAGUUCUACGGGUUGAAUGGAGAGUGAAAUGGGCUCGAAACAGAGGCUUAUGUCGGAGAGCCAUGGCUAAUCUUGCGAUUAACACAUGAGAAAAACCUCUCUUGAUACGUGUGAAAACAUUCAUUUCGGCUGCUUAUUAGCGGCGCCCGUUUGGUUUUCGUGGGUCCUCGCCCUCUUCGUCUGCAUUAGCGGUGUCUAUUAAAAUGGGGAGGAGCUUCGUUGACAGCAGAAAAGUGACCGGCAAGGUGAACGGCAAGUCGAUGUUAGUUUCCUCCGACAGAAGAAUUCCCAAACCAAAGAAAGUUUCCUCCGUCCUUCGCGCCUUCUUCCAUCUCUUGCCGCACCCUCUAUUCUCUUGCCGAGGAGCCGAAUCCGCCACCGAUAAUCAUCCUCAGCCGAGCAACUGCGUCAUAGGCACAUUGUAUGGUCAGAGGAAAGGUCAUGUCUUCCUGGCGAUCCAGGACGACCCAAAAUGCUUCCCACUCUUCAUUCUGGAAUUAGCCACCCCCACGAGCUCCCUGGUGAAAGAAAUGGCGUCAGGGCUGGUGCGCAUCGCACUAGAGUGCGAGAAAUCCCCUGGUGAGUCGAAAUUGCUACUUCAAGAAUCGACAUGGUCAAUGUUCUGCAACGGGCGCAAAACGGGGUAUGCAACACGGAGAGAUUGCACGGAGAUUGAUCGCCACAUCCUCACCCUCGUGCAGGCCGUCUCUAUGGGGGCGGGCGUACUGCCCAUGGCCAACGAGGGAUUUGAGGGCGAGCUCAUGUACAUGAGGGCGCGCUUCGAGCGUGUCAUUGCCUCCGCGGAUUCCGAAUCCUUCUACAUGAUGAACCCCGACGGCAGCGAGGGACCGGAGCUUAGCAUCUUUUUAAUGCGCGCAUAGAAUCAUGCCUGUCUGUACCAUAGACACCUGAUUAUCAACGCCCUCUUCUCAGCUUUCUUACUUUUACAGCCAUGAAGAUUUUAGAGCAACCGGGAGCAAUACACAUCCCCUUUCAGUCUAGAAUUCUUUCAGAGUUACCCUACUACCAUUGAAUCUCUUCAAGUUGCUUCAACCUGGGUUCCUGACCUUCUCGAGGACGCUGCGGGUCUUCCUGUCAAAAAUUCUCUGAUUGUACACACUUGCUACUGUAGACUAGAGGCUAGGGCUGUUCUCAAAUCCUCCAUGCUUCAGACUUUUUUUUUUUUUUUUUUAAAUCCCCCCCCCCCUUUUUUGGAUUUGGACUUGACGCAGAAGGGAGCUGCAGUUUUUUUUUUUUUUUUUUUUUUUUUUUUGUCUAAUUCCCUUCCUUUUUUGACAGGCAGGCAAGCAGGCCUUCUAGCCCUGCUAGCCCUUCCUGCUUGUACUUGUGUACAUUAACGUGAGGCUUCUGGUUACAACAUGAUUUGCAGGUGUUGCUAGCUCUGAUGCUGGCUCUUCGUGACACUCAAUCUGCACUGAUCAUGGAUGAAUUCGAUUGGUAAUACCAUCUGGAACUUUGUGGAUUCUGAAUGCAUUUCCAUGUCAUGCAUUUUCAUAAUUCUGCUGGCAGAGUUAUUAAUCCAACAAAAACGUGAGAUUGUGGUAGCGUUGUUUGUGAGUGAGUGAGUGAGCGAGUGUAGAUAAUGGGUGUGAUGACCCUUGACUUGCGUUGAGUAUGAGUGAACAGGAAGUUUGUUAGCUUGGGUUUUACUUGCAUUUUUGUUUACGCAACCGUUUUAUCAACCUCUACAUGAUAAAGGCGGGGGUUUUUUUUAA